AUGGACAUCAUCGUUGACGAACCACAUCACUGUGCCAUGAUCGAAGAGAAAGACCAGGAGAUUGUGGAGGCCGAGAACGAGAAGCUUGAUCAGCUGGUGGCCCAAUUUACUAGGGGUUUCGAUCCAUCCACCCUCCGUAACGAGGUGAUACCAGCCCUGCCAAUUCUCGCACAAUCCGCUUUCCCGGGGACAUAUGAGCAUCUCUUAAUGCUCUGCUUCACAACCGACGAUGAACUACAGGACAUGCAAGAAGAGCUCGAGAGAUAUCUCUUGUUACGCUAUGGGCAGGUGUUCGAUGAGCUCGUCCCGCGGACCACGACCAACAUCACCGACGAGUCUUAUUUUGCAUCGGAGAUUGAGACCCUGAGAAGACUCCUCGAGCCAUUGCGUGGCGACUCGACGAGCCCCGUCUACUGGCUGAGUCUUAGACGCGCGAAUCCGACCAAGGCCCGGCAGCAACUCGAAGCAGCGACCAAGGUGAUCAACGCUUUCAAGAAGGACGUGCUUGCAGCUCUGCACUUUGAUCCACAGGAGCGAAAGAUAGUCAACCCCCUUCCAGUCUCAGUCGAACGCUCGGCUUUCGUAAGCAUGAAGCACCUACGCAUCGACGCCUGCAAGGAUACGCUUCACUGGGACGAGUACAACCAGAGCAACAUGAAUCUCACCGUGUUCUACCAUGCGUACAAGGCGCUUCUCUGCCGAACCCAGCCGGACAAGGCACGCGAAUGGGGAUGGCUCCCACCCAGGGUCCUCGAGGCCCCUCGUGCGUCCAGUCCUCAGGCAUCCAUUGGUGAUCUAGCUUAUUGGCCGUUGAGACAGGCGGGCAACGACAAGUACGAUCUACUCGUGAAGACCGCGCUCUGGCUGGCGCUUGCUAGAGGCCUUCCCGCCGUGCACCUGUUUUGCGAUUGUGCUCGAGUUUUCACGUCACUCAUCCCAGCAGGCGAUGCAAGCCCAAAGACGAUUGUCUUCUUACGCCGUUUGACUCAACUCCGUGUGCCCGUGGAAGCCAUCAAUCCCAGCCCACGCAUCCCCGUCCCAUUCCAGAAGCGGUGCCAGAAAGGUGACAACGAUGAUUAUUUCGAGGACGUGUGGAGGUCGGACCAGGACUUGGAGAAGGACUUGGCGCAGAAUGUCUCGCUGUAUGGCAUGGACACAGCCAAGGAUGUCCGCCGAGCACGGACCCCUCCCCCUCGACGCUCGUUUCAGCAACAGGCACAGCUCAUCAAGGACGCUCUCACCGUUGAGACGAGCUUUGCAGACGUGUGGCCUCGUAAAGAUCCGGCAAGUAUCCCGGUGCAGCACCGUCCUCCAUCUGUCCCUGAGCCGGAGCUCAUUUGGAAAGUCCAGCCUGAGCCGGAAGAGCCUGACAUUUUCGACAAGGAUGGUUACGUCUCGGUUCUCUUCUGA